AGCGGUGGCACUUCACGUUUGAUUUAUUCUAGCCCGUAUAUGACUCUAGCAGACAAAGGCAGGAAGCCAUGCCUGCGGUAAUUCUUUGUGAGUCGUCUCAACUAUACAAUAUUCUUAAUCAACGCGUCCGUGUUUCGCGUGUUGCCGAAUGCAAUUACCUUUGUUUGAUUGAUGCACGAACUGAAGAACAGUAUAACUCGGGGCACAUCAUAACAGCUCGACAUGCUAAAUGGGAUAAUAGUGGAAAUGUUGUUUUACCCCUCAAUAUGGAGGUCGAAGGUAUAAGAUACAUUAUUGUGUAUGACGUCAACUCCAGUUCUUUGUCGGGUUCAGGUACGGCUCACAAGUGUGCUGAAACUCUGGCAAAAGUAAGCCUCUACCCAGUUCAUCUUCUCAGUGGAGGUUACAAACGGUUCUCUGCACUCUACCCUUUCUUCAGAACGCAGAAAAUUCUUUACACCAUCAAGGAACUGGAGAGCUUGUCAUCGUAUCCAGUGGAAAUUUUGCCAGGUCUGCUGUAUAUGGGUGAUUACAAGCAAGCGACUACUCCUUUCAUGAUGAAAGAUCUGAAAGUCAGCGCUUUUGUCAACGUGUCUGACCAAAGCAGUAUCAUUUUUGAAAAAGGACACCGAAGCAUUCUAGACGUGCGAGUGGCAGAUACUAUGCAGGCUAAUUUGUAUAGCUCCUUUGACAGGAUUUGCAUGUUUGUUGGCUCACGUCUGAAAGCUGGAACCACCGUCAUGAUCUUCUCCAGCCUUGGGAUCAGCCGCUGCAGCGCGGUGACCAUGGCCGUCCUCGUAGGGCACCUGAAGUACUCGCUGAAGGAUGCCUGGGCCCAUGUACUACAAUGCAAGAACAGCAUGCGGCCAAACCGUGCAUUUGUGCAACAGCUAUCCGACUGGGAACUGCAGUCACUGGGACAAAGAAUGACAGACAUUUCAGAGCCAAACUACUGAGGAAGGACGCAAAGCAAAAAUAGCACAAAUUGUACGAGCUUUUUAAAAUUAUGUUUUGCCUCAAUAAAGUAUGCUAUUGAUAGGCUA